UCUCCAAACGGCAAUUCCGGUCGGGUUUUCUGCUGCCAGGCCAGAUGCGGAGCCGGUAUCAGCUGUUUUCACACCACAACUGGCCCAGCAACCAGCCAGGUGUCGGGAUACAACGCAGUCUGCUCGAACCCAGAUGGAAAUAAUUUAGAAUUCUCAAAGCCAGGAUCGUGUAGUCUGAGUCAGGCCGGAGUCUUCAGUCCUGGGUCGGAGUCGAAGGGGUUUAGAAUGAAGGAGACCGCGGAAGGAGAGAGAGAGGGGCAGGUGGGGGAGGAGGUGGAGGAGGAACUGGAGUUGGAGGAGUUGGAAGGAGUGGAGGAAGAGGGGGAGGAAGAGGAGGGGGAAGAGGAGGAAGAGGAAGAGGAGGAGGAAGGCGAAGAAGGGGAGAGUGUGGCAGAAGAAACAGUGAUGAGUCGGAGCAGUACUUUCGCCUGCCCUUCUUUAUUGCAUCAGCCAACAACUUCAGAAGACUGGCAAGCUGAUCAAUUGUUAUUGCUGGGCAACAACUGCGUUGUGUCAGUUCGCUGUAGCGAACCGAGCAUUGCUGAGGUGGCCAGGGUCAUAUGCGACCAGCUUUACUUGCCGAUGCGUGAUCUGCUGAUUGACGAGCUUGAGAUCGCCUGUCUAAAGGCGUUAGUUUUUUUUGAUCCGAGUCUUAUGCCCAGAUAA